AUGUCGAAAAUUACGAGAAGCGCUCGGGCGCUCAUGACCAAGUCGCCCAACGACGUCGUCGUCCUGUCAGCCAUUCGAAGCCCCAUCACCCGCUCAUUCAAAGGCGGAUUCAAAGAUGCCUGGCCGGAGGACAUCUUGGGACCAAUCAUGGCGGAAGCCCCAAGGCGAGCCAACAUCGAAGCCAAGGAUGUCCAAGACGUCCUCAUAGGCAACGUCCUCGCUGAGUUAGGCUUCGCAAAGACUGGGCGAAUGGCCCUCCUUAAUGCUGGCUUCCCAGUGACAACCACCUUUCACACCGUCAACCGACAAUGCUCAAGCAGCUUGCAGGCCGUCACCCACCUGGCGCACUCCAUCUGGGCCGGCCAAAUCGACGUGGCCAUGGCUGGCGGCGUUGAGAGCAUGUCCAAGAACUACCAGACCCGCGGUGUGCCCGCCGACGUAGGCCCAAGCCUCCGAGGCACAGCCGUCAAGUCGGCCGCCGACUGUCUGAUGCCCAUGGGCAUCACCUCGGAGAACGUGGCAAGUCGCUACAAGAUUAGCCGCCAGAUGCAAGAUGAGUUCGCACUUCUCAGUCAUAGCAGGGCAAAUCAGGCACGCUCUGCCGGUCACUUUGAUAGUGAGAUUGUACCCGUCGAGUAUACUGUCGUAGAUGGAGAGGUUAAAAGCCGCGUACGGGUCGAAGCCGAUGACACAAUUCGGGCUGGUGUAACGCUGGAGAAGCUAGCAAAGUUGAAGCCAGCCUUUAUCGAGACGGGUGGCAGCACAGCCGGAAAUUCGUCUCAGAUAUGCGAUGGAGCAUCGGCAGCUAUCCUGGCCCGUCGAUCUUGGGCCGAAGCUCGCGGUUUAAAACCCCUUGCACGGUUUCUGGGCACCCAAGUAGCAGGCUGCGAACCAGACGAAAUGGGAAUGGGGCCCUUGUAUGCUAUCCCGAGACUUUACAAGCAUGUCGGUAUCGAUCAAAAUGAUGUCGACGCGUUUGAACUGAACGAAGCUUUCGCCAGCCAGACAUUGGCUUGCAUCCACGAGCUCGGCCUCGACGUUGACAGGGUCAAUCCCAACGGCGGUGCCAUUGCCAUCGGUCACCCAACUGGAGCUACCGGGACGAGACAGUUGGCCACGCUUCUCGCUGAGCUUGCUCGUCAGGACAAGGAGGUCGGGGUUAUCAGCAUGUGUGCCAGCACCGGUCUUGGCGUGGCCUCUGCUUUCGUUAGAGAAGAGUAG